AUGCAGCCGAAUCCGAGCCCUGGCCUGCGCAACCUACGCGUCGCGUUCCUGAAGGACGCCGGCGACCAGGCGCUCAAGGAGCGGCGCCUGCGCGACGCCUGGGAGGCCUACACCGAGGCCCUGGAGGCGCACGGGCAGGUCAAGGGUCCCAACGACGUUGUCAGAAACCUCUACGCAAACCGCUCCUUGGCCCUCUGUAAAGCGGGCCGUCACCAGCAGGCCCUGGACGACGCGGAGCGCGCCAUUGCGGUCGAUCCGGAGUGGGACAAGGGCUACUGGAGGGCGGCCGCGGCCCUCACGGCGCAGGCGCAGCACUUGAAGGCACUCGAAAUGUUUCGAGCUUGCUUCCCGCUCGCCCCGGCGGCCUGCCGCGACCACGUGCGGAAGACCGCGCGGUCCGUCGUCUCCAGGAUGACGCGGAGGGAGCUCGGCUACGUCCUCGUCGACCUGCUCGCCGGAAACCGCGCCUCGAUGUCUCCGCCAACGCUGCAACUCGUGUCGAACGAGGAGAUGGUCGAGGCGGCCUUCGAGUACGUCAAGGCCGAGCUCGUGCGCGAAGAAGAGCUCGCGCGGCCCGCAACGGCCCAGAAGCCCGCCGGGGACCUCAGGGCCGCGCUCCUCUUCUGGACCCUGCACGGGAUGCCACGCUGCUGCGCGCUGCACCUCCGCGCCGAGGUCCUCCUGCGCGCCCGCUGCUUCGUCCAGGCCCGCCACGACGCGAGACACGCUGCGCGGCUCAUGUCGGACCACCUCAACCGCCUCUCGGCGCCCAACCCCAACACAGGGGGCGACGCACUCGUUCCAGAGGCCUGGCCGGGGGCGUCCGUCGACGAAGCGCUCAGCACGCUCGCGCAGGUGCUGCACGUCCUCGGGCGCGCGUGCCUUGCCGCGGCGGACGGCGAGCGCGACGACGGCCCGCCGCUGUGUGCUCCGGAGGCGUACGAGAGCCUGCUGUGUGCCGCAGCGCUCGAUCCGGGCGACGAGGGCCGCCAGAAGCUGCUCACGCGGGCAGCAGAGGCGUGCGCGCCGGCGGAGCGCGACGCCGUCCGGGCGUGGUUCGACGCGAAGCGCCCUGACGUGGUGAUUGUUGUACCACGCGCUGCGAUGUCAGACACGGGUGCUCGGGAGUCUGACCGGCCCGGCCCCGACGCCGCGGACCGCGGGGGUGCGCGGCAGCUCUGCGUCGAGCUCGCGUUCGCCCGCGCCAGGCCCGGCGACGCCACGGCGGAGGCCAGGCGGUCGCUGCUGCAGUGGGCUGCUGCCGAGGUCGAACCCGCGGCGGGGCGGCCCGCCAUGGGCACGUGCGGCCGCGUACGCGACGGGGCCUUCAGAGUCCGGAUCCUCGCGGACCUGCCUCCGGGUGGCGACACGGAGUUGUUGCGGCGUGUGCGGAGCUGUGCGGCGGCGUCGUUCAACGAAAGCGACGUGGCGGCGCCUGCGCGCGCGGCUCUGGGCGACGCGCUGCCGUUCAGGGACGGCGCGGAGGAUGGCGAGAGGUCGGGGGCGAGCGCUGCGUGGGAGGAGCUGCUGCCGGACGUUGGCGCGGCAGCGCGGGCGGAGGAGGUGCCGCUGGUGCCGGAGCGGCCUCCGAGGGGGCUGGAGAUCGAGCUGCCGGAGCGAACGUACCGUGUAGUGGCGGCGGACGGCCGCGAGCUCGAGACGCGCGACCGCCGGGGGUGUUUUGCGCUGUCCAGGGUGUAUUACGACGCCAGCGAGAAGCAAGAGGAAGAGGCGUGGAUCGAGGUGGGAGACGGCUCCUGCCGGUGGCGGCAGACGACCUCGGAGGUCGUCGUCGGCGUGCUGCGGUGCCCCACGGGCACGCGGGCCCGCGACGUCGCCGUCGACAUCGCCCCCUUCCACCUGAAGGUGUGGCACCGGGUCACGGGGGAGGUGUGGUUCGAGGGGGAGUUAGAGAGGGGUGUCGUGGUACAACAGAGCGUCUGGGAGCUCAGCGACGAGGACGCGCGGGACGUCGGGGACCGCCGCCGGCUGCCCGUGCUGACGAUCUACCUGCACAAGCUCAACACCGAGCUCUACGAGUCGUGGUGGGAGCACUCGCGCUCGUGGUGGCCGCGCCUUCUACGGCGCCACGUGGCGAUCCAGUUCGACGACGACGUGAAAGACUACUCCGACCUCCCGGCGGGCAUCAUGGACGAGCACCUCCGGCGCCAGGCGCUCGAGGGCGCGGUGGAGCGCGUGCGGCUGCUCGAGUGCGACCGCCGCAAGAGGCUGGACGCGCUGGAGGCGCGCCGCAGGGUGUCGCGGUACGAGGCGUUGUGUGCGCUGCGGCGGCGGCGGAGGGAGCGCGGGCGGCCGUGA